GAAUAAGCCCAUUUCCACGAGCUCUCGUGUCCGUCAGGAUCAGAAUCAUCAAAUCCAUUUUGGAGCCGUGCCGGCGUUCGCGAUCCGAUCAGCGUCGCGCUUGUCUCUCUCUCUCCCGAUUGCUAGAGGAGGAGAAAGGGAGGCGACCGUUUCAGUCGAUAGGGAUCUUCUCCGUCUGGAUUUUGCCCUUUUUGAGUGGGAUUAGAUGGCAACGACCUUCGAACGGUGGGAGAAGGAUCCUUUCUUCGCUGCCGCGGAGGAAGUCCAGAAUUCCGCUGAUCGGCUGGAAUCCGUCUAUAAGAAAUGCGUCCACGAGCGGGAGAACGUGUUGAAGUUCGCUGGUGGAGAUCGAUUCUCGUCCGGCGAGCUGGAACGGGAGCUUCACACAGUUCUUGGGACAGCGAAAUGGCAACUCGAAGAGCUUGAACAUGCUGUGAAGUUAAAUGAUGAGGCUUUGUCGGCUGGGGAAGAUGUGAGAGCUCGGCAUGGUGAAUUUGUAUCGGCUAUUGGAAAUAGGAUCUUGGCAAUUGAGGAUUUUAUCAGGGAAACGCAUCAGGAAACUGGCAAGAACACACUUACAUGGGUCCGGUUGGAUGAAAGUGAGCGGGAUGAACUUGCUAAGUUCUUAUCUAGUCCCACCGCUAAGGAAAGGAAAGAAAUCAUUUCAUCGGCUACUAACGGGAAUGAGUGGAAUGGUUUUGCCACAAACAAUAGAGAGACUUUGAUUAUCCAUUCGAAGAAUCCUUUGGAGGAUGGCAAAGUAUAUGCAUACCCUAGAUCAGCUAGCUGUGCUGGUGAUCUUGGUGCAUGCAAAAUUACAAUCCGUAGUGAAGGUGAAGAUACUUCGGAGAAAUCAUCGGAUGAUCGGCCUAAUCUCCCAACUCCACGAGUAUUCAGCUUUUCUGUGUUAUCCAAUGCACUUGAUUCAAAAUCAAAGAUGCCAUGGUGCAACUACGAAUUUAAGAAUUGGACUGCUCAGAACCAAAAUGAUCUGAUAGAAUCUGUUCCCUUGCGAAAUCACGAAUUACGUCGAGAAUACAAUCCAUAUUAUGAAAGAAGUAAGAGCAACCUUAGCCAAUACGGACAAGCAACAUACGCUAAAUAUCUUUAUGGGUAUCUUGGAGCUUUUCAGCGGUUACUACAGAGGUCACAGUAUCAUGUUCGAUAUGGUUACCGUGUCAAGCUUAUUCUCUGGGCAAUUGCUGCUGUUUCAUUGAUUGUCAUAUUCAUCCUAUAUGCAAACAAAUAAUUUUACCAACUCCUUUGGUUCAAGGAAGCAAUUAAGCGGCUUUAGAUUGUUACAGUUGACAGUGUUUUCACCAAAAAUGGACCGUUAUGGUUGUUGAUUCGAGCUAUAUCGCAUCAGUAAGUGGCUCUUAGUCAUGUCUGUGUAAUUUUUAAGCAAUCAAAAAUAGUUGUAUGAUUGUCGAGAUGAGACAACAAAACUUUUGGAGCAAAGGCUCACCUCAAGGCUCAAGUGGUCCUAUAUUUUCGACCUCACGGUAAGAUACAGGAAUAAAUGACGAAGGGUAUUUUAUCCUAACGUGAUAACAGACAUCCAACAAAAUAUUUUAUAUCCCUUGAAAAUUACCGCCGAGAUAUAUGGGAGUCAAUAUCCAUAUAGAUAUGGACUGCCAACUCAGGGCAACUAAACUUUGAUAUGGCGUGUAGACACGGGAACCGUGGGACAUAUAAGUUGACGGUUGACGCAUUAAUAUGAAAGCUAUGCAAUGUACUUGAGUUGAUCUGUUUGACUUCUCUGCAGAUUGUAACUUUACUAUUUCUUGUUAAAUGUUAUGCUGCGACGUUCUUUAGAUCAACGGUAAAUUAUGGAACCGUGUAGCUAAGUUUCUUGGACAUCUAAAUCACAUAUUAAAUUUUUAAAAUUAUCAAAUUAUGUAUCUCAUAGUCAUUUUACCUUUUUGCAUUUA